AUGAUGGCCAAACAGAUGCCCGGAUGGAUUGACGUGACUUUGGAUAAUGGAUACACGAAUAGUUAUCGAUACGGAUACGAGGGGAGAUUCGAUCUGCAGAGAGUGGCUCGAACGACAGCUUCCGAUUUGCUGCAAGUGAUGCGUUCCCAUCCAAUCCUUCAACCCCGCCGCGGUGCGCCCGACACAUCGAUCACUUCCGGAAACUUGAUGACCCCACCAAGCCGUGAACAACCAUUCCAUUCCGGCUUUGCACCAUUCGGACUUCGAUCGAUGAAACCAACCGCUGGCAAAACUCGAAUGCGCACCUCUGGACGCCCAAAUGCUCAACUCGGCUCUUCAGCGACUCAAUCAAACACAUCAUCUUCUAUUGGAAAGAAAUCCAUGUCAACAACUGAUCUCGUUGAUGAAAGAGCACGUGAAAGUGGGACAAGCAGUGCGGUUACUGUGGCCGCCACUGGACAAGCCGCUUCCGCUGAAAGCCUUCAACAUCAAACGCCUAGCUUGGAGAAUCUACUUAGAGGCUCACGAAUUUACCAAAUUGCUGAAAGAAAUGAGACGCUUGAGGGAAGAGCGCCAAUAACAGGACAGGGA